AUGCAAUCCACUGAAGGAGAACAAUCUUACUUGAAUGACUUUGAAGACAUCCUACAGUCGGAAGUAUACGUUGAUCUAGAGAGACUAAGAAUAUUAGCAAGACACGGCAUUCCAGACCAACUAAGAGGAGAAGUAUGGAAAUAUUUGCUAGGGAUUCAACAAGCCGAUCGAUCCAAAGAAUUGAGUUCAAGUAAAGCAAGAGUGGAAGAAUACGAGCAAUUAGAUAAGAUUGAUAAAGAUGUGGCUAAAAGGAUUCGAGGCGAAGUAUCUCGAUAUCAAAGGCGCUUUCCUGAAUCCAACCUGGGCAAUCACGUACAGUCUUUUGUGAAUAUCAUAUUGGCUUAUUUGAACAACAAUCGAGAUAUUGAGUAUAACUCAAACCUAAUCUCAUUAUGUGCACCUUUUAUUCAUGUCAUGAACAACGAAUGCGACGCUUAUUUCUGCUUUGAAAAGCUAAUGCAAGCUAUAGAAGAAGUUGACUUGAACGAAUGGUCCACUUCUUGGCUGCAGAGCCUAUUAUCAAAAGAGAUGAGGUUCGAAAAUCUCGUUCGGCUAUGGGACACUUAUUUUGCUAUGUCGGAUCCAUUUAGUUUUCAUCCUUUUAUUUGCUUAUCUAUUCUACAAUGUGUCAAGGAAGCAUUAGAGGAUUUGGAACAGUCAGAGAUUCGAACUAUGCUGCUUCGUUUACCGUUGUUGAAUAUGGAAAUGAUUAUUGCAGAUGCUUAUAACUUUAAGCACGAAACAAUGGCAAGACAAAUAAGUGAGAAUGGCGAAAUUUAA